AUGGGUCCUAAGAAACAAAGUAAACCAGCACCUAAGAAUGUUCCUCAUAUAGAUAAUUAUGCAAGAAUAUCAUAUUUAUACCAAGCAUCAAGUCAUUUUGCAACUAGACCAAAAUAUGACAUACUAUCAAGAGCCAUCGCUAGAAACGUUAAUUUGAUUUCUAAGAAAUCGGUAACAAAACUUUCACCGAUUUUGAAAAGAACUAUUUGUAAAGGAUGUCAGACAUUAUUAGUUCCUGGUGUAAAUGAAAGUAUAGAAAUAGAAAAUCAGUCAAAAGAAAAAACGCCACAUAAUGACAUAUUGGUUCAUUCAUGCAAAACUUGCGGUAAGAAAAAGAGGUUUCCCGUUGGUAAAAAUAGGACAUAUAAGUUGUUUAGUGAAAAAGACGACGAAAAAUCGGACGAUGAAUGA